UGGAGGACAUCUACUUCUAAGUUCUGGUUGGUCAUUGCACCUUGGCUGUUAUCAUAUUCCCAGAUUCAAGGGAGCCCCUAAAUUUGAAGGAAGCACAGCCUGUGUGGCUCUCAUUAGAGGAUACGAGAUCAUUGUUGGAAAUGUCAGUGAUUCUCGCUGCGUACUCUCAAGGAAUGGUCAGGCAAUCGAUUUAUCCACCGAUCACAGACCAAACCUUCCAGAGGAACUUCAGAGAAUUGAAAAUGCUGGACGACAAGUAAUCAAGGAUGGGGUCUAUUUUAGGUGUUCAGGGCAAGCAGGAGUACCUAAGGGUGGCUAUCCUGUUAAUGGGAUGUUACCCAUGUCCAGAGCUAUUGGUGAUUUUUACUUCAAGUCGAACGAAACUUUGCUUGCUACGGAACAGGCAGUGACAUGUAAUCCUGACGUUCGCACUGAGGCCAUAACUCAUGAUACUGAUUUUCUUCUUAUAGCAAGUGACGGCAUCUGGGAUUUUGUGUCAAGUCAGGAAGCUGUUGAUUUUGUACAAGAAAAGUUCGCCGGAGGGACGUCAGAUCUGUGUACCAUUUGUGAGGAGCUUCUUGAUCAUUGCUAUAGCUCGAAGGGCAACUCAACGGUGAUACUGGUUCAGUUCAGGCAUGCCGCCAGGCUUCCUCAUCCAGCCCCCGACCUGCCAGUGGCCCACCCAACCGACGGUGGUGGCAGUAGCAACCCAUCUUCCAGUGCCGGCAUCACUCAAGACACUGGUGCUGACGCCAAGGCCACUACUGACACCAACGCCGAGAACAAGGAAGAUGUGUAUCCCUCGUGGCUCCAUCAACUUAGAGAGCUCCUGGGUUGGGAAGGGUGCAGUGCUAUUUGCUUUCCUAUUUUGCGAAGACGAUCUCGAUGUGAUGCCACUGUGUAGGGUGACGAUACCAUGUGUAGGAGUAUAGUCGAGCUUACUCUCUCUUGUUGCUGCUUCCUGGGAACUCUUCAGGAGAUUUUGUCAGAGAGCCACUUGGAGUAGGAUUCAGGCACUUUGUUUUCUCGUUCUGAUCUUGGAUCGUGAAGAUGCUCAAUUACCGAUGUUCACUGCGUUGAGAAUUCCUCUGGUAGCAGUAUUAUGCCUUGUGAAUUCUUGCUCUGAUCUUGGAUCUUGAAGUUGCGUAGUUGAGCAGUAUUUCUGUGAAA